UUUUUUUAAGUUAAUUUCUUUGUGCCACAUAGACUAUUUUUCUAAAAUGUCUGUGACAGCUCCAGUUUCAAUUAUUUCACCAGUUGCAGAAGAGGACGGCGAAACUCAACAAAGCUUUGAAAUAUACAAAGAUAAAUUGGAAUCAAUAUUGUUAGAUCCAAAAAUUGCUGAUAAACAAGUUUGUGUUGUCAGUGUUGCUGGUGCUUUUCGAACUGGAAAAAGUUUCAUUUUAAAUUUCUUCUUACGCUAUCUACGAUGGAAGACAUGUGCCAGCGAUGAUGAAUCAGAAGCUGAUUGGCUACAAACAAAUUUAAUUAAUAGCAAUGAGGGCAAUAGUGGUCAAUUAAAAGGUUUUAGUUGGCGUGGAGGUGAUGACCGGGAGACUAGUGGAAUUCUUAUUUGGCCAGAACCUUUUAUUUUACAGGACAAGCAUGGAAAUGAGAUUGUUGUGAUUCUAAUGGAUACGCAAGGUAUUUUUGACUGUGUUAGCACAGUCAAAAGUUGCGCCACAAUAUUUGCACUUUCUACAAUGAUUUCUUCUAUUCUUAUUUAUAACGUUACCAAAACUAUCCAAGAAGAUCAUCUUCAACAUUUACAACUUUUUGCUGAAUAUGCUCGUCUAGCUAUGGAUGAAUAUCAAGAAACAAAACCUUUCCAGACUCUUAUGUUUCUUGUUCGUGAUUGGUGUUUUCCUUAUGAAGCAGAAUAUGGAAUUAAUGGGGGUCAAAGAAUUUUGGACAAACGCUUGGAAACAGGUGCAAAACAGCACAAAGAGCUACAACAACUUCGACUACACAUCAAAUCAACUUUUGAAAAUAUUAAAUGCUUUUUAAUGCCCCAUCCUGGGCUUGAUGUGGCUACUAGUCCAAACUUCCGCGGCGAAUUGAAUACAAUCAGCGCAGACUUUAAAGCUCAAUUACACGCACUUGUUCCUCAUCUUUUCGAUCGUAACAAUUUAGUUGUUAAAGCUAUUAAUGGGCAACAAAUUACUUGUCGUGAAUUAUCCGUAUAUUUAAAUGCUUAUUUUGAAGUAUUUAAUGGAACGGAAUUGCCUGAACCGAAAACUAUAUUAGCUGCAACAGCAGAGGCAAAUAAUUUGGCUGCUGUAGCAAGUGCAAAGGCCGUUUAUUCAAAAGAAAUGGAAGAAGUCUGUGGAGGUGAUACACCUUUUAUGAGCAGUGCUGAACUUAAUCAACAUCAUGAACGUUGUCGUGCCAGUGCUCUUCUCUCAUUCAACAGUGCAAAGAAGAUGGGCGGCCCCGAAUUAACUUCUCAAUUUCGUGAAAAACUUGAGGAAGAUAUAAAGGCUUUUAUUCGCGUCAAUAAUUCAAAGAAUCUAUUUAAAUCUGUUAAAACACCUGCUGUUCUGGUUUCAUUUAUGGUUGUCUGCUAUAUUUUCCAAGAAUUUUUCCAACUUUUGGGUCUUUUUAUGGUGGCUUCCGUUUUCUCUCUAAUUUUGACAAUUGUUAUUGCUCUCCUUGUGACUUGGACAUAUUCAAGAUACAGUGGACAUUUACGUGAUGCACAAAAAACAAUUGAUACUUUUGUCAAUUUUGUGCAUGGAAACUUUAUAUUACCGACAUUUGCAACUGCAAUGGGUAAUGCAACACUUGACUUGGCGAUGGGCUCAAAUAGUACAUUUACUACUAUGCCAUCGAAUUCUACUUCAUCUACCUCUGAGGAAAAAAAGAAAAAAUGACCGAGUUGAGAGAUAUUUGUU